GCCUGACAUUUUGUUCUCCAAGUCUCUCACAUAUAUUUCCUUAACUUGGAAUCAAGAGUCUCUCAUAUGCUCCCUCGUGAUGGGCAGAUGGCUCCAAGCCCUCCACAGACAUACAGAAGCAGGGGAUUCUGCUGAUUUCUGUUCACUUCAUGCUGGUCAGCCUUUAUGCAGAGUUGAUGAUGUCAUGGUCCCACCUGAGAGAAGAAAUAGGACUAGUGGCUUAAAAAAAAGCAUAUAUGCCCACCGCCCACGAUGGACUCCCUGAGACUGGCAAAUUCUGCUUUUGCUGUUGACUUGUUCAAACAACUAUGUGAAAAGGAGCCCAUGGGAAAUAUUCUCUUCUCUCCAAUAUGUCUCUCUACUUCCCUGUCACUUGCUCAAGUAGGUGCCAAAGGUGACACAGCAAAUGAAAUUGGACAGGUCCUUCAUUUUGAGAACGUCAAAGAUGCACCCUUUGGGUUUCAAACAGUCACUUCUGAUGUAAAUAAGCUCAGUUCCUUUUACUCUUUGAAGCUAAUCAAGCGACUCUACAUAGACAAGUCUCUGAACCCUUCUACAGAAUUUAUCAGUUCUACAAAAAGGCCGUAUGCAAAAGAAUUGGAAACUGUCGACUUCAAAGAUAAACUGGAAGAAACGAAAGGUCAAAUUAACAGCUCUGUUAAGGAGCUCACAGAUGGCCAUUUUGAGAACAUUUUAUCGGAGAACAGUGUAAGUGACCAGACCAAAAUCCUCAUGGUUAAUGCCGCCUACUUUGUUGGAAAGUGGAUGAAAAAAUUUCCUGAAUCAGAAACAAAGGAAUGUCCGUUCAGAGUCAACAAGACGGACACCAAACCGGUACAAAUGAUGAAUCUAGAGGCCACGUUCUGUUUGGGCAACAUUGAUGACAUCAACUCUAAGAUCAUAGAACUUCCCUUCCAGAAUAAGCAUCUCAGUAUGCUCAUUGUGCUUCCCAAGGAUGUGGAGGAUGAGUCCACAGGUCUGGAAAAGAUCGAAAAGCAGCUCAACCCAGACACACUGUUGCAGUGGACCAACCCCAGCACCAUGGCCAAUGCCAAAGUCAAACUGUCUCUCCCAAAGUUUAAGGUGGAAAAGAUGAUUGAUCCCAAGGCUAGUCUGGAAAGUCUGGGUCUGAAAAGUCUCUUCGAUGAAAACACAUCUGAUUUCUCUGGCAUGUCAGAGACCAAAGGAGUGGCCCUAUCAAAUGUGAUUCACAGGGUAUACCUAGAAAUAACCGAAGAUGGUGGUGACUCCAUUGAGGUGCCAGGAUCCCGAAUCUUACAGCACAAGGAUGAAUUCAAUGCUGACCACCCAUUUAUCUAUAUCAUUAGACACAACAAAACACGAAACAUCAUUUUCUUUGGCAAAUUCUGUUCUCCUUAAGUGGCAGGGCCCUGCUAAGUCUCAGGUAACUUGUCUGGAGUUGCAGAUCUCUGUAAACUUUGUAUGCAGACAAUCACUUUCUAUACAAUAAAUUGUUAAU